AUGGCUCCAACACCAUCAUCAAAAUUGAAAACAGCCCACCAAUCGAAGACUCCCCAAUCGAAGCUUCGCUUGAACUUUUCCAAAGAAAUCGCCUCCCCCACGAUGACCGCCGUAACAGUCGAGCACCCGGUGGAAGUGAUAGGCAGAAUCCGCAACAAUCUAGAUCAGAAAGACAAGUCUCUUCCCACCCAAUCAACAGUACAGAUCAACAAAACUGCCACCACAACCACCAACACCACUGCCACCACAACCUCACCACCACAACUAAAACGUCGCUGGUUGUGUGCAAUUGUUCUCAGAUCAAAUCCAAAAAUCAGAACGCUUGUCGGCUUCCGUCGGCUUUACUUCGCCACUUCGGCCGCUUCUCAACCAAUCUUCUUCGUCUUCCUUUUCCCCGUCGAAUGUUUCUGCUUGACCUUGCCUUCAUCCGGCUUCGAUAGCUGCACCACGAUCAAAGGCUCGAUGGUAGAAAACUAA